AUGUGCUUUUCACCUUGAUUAAGAUCACUGCAUUUGACAAUACAAUGACCAAACCAUGGCCAUUCUUACAUUUAUUUUACCGAUCUUUUACUUAAUUGUACUUGUUGCGGUCUCAAUGGAUCAUGAAUGUCGCUUGACGUGAACAGUACAAAAUUUUUUUCAAAAACAUGAAUCCGUCAAGUGACGUUCGUAUGUCCCAGGCGUGUCAAAUUUAUUAUUUGCUGUAUCAUGCUGAGUACAUUUGCCCAAGUAUCCAACACGUUGUCACUUACAAGUGCUCAGUACUGCUGAGUCAUAUCAAGUGAAUAGAAAGGUGUCAAAGGUUACCCGACAGGCCGCACCUGAAUAGCGUCCACCGUACCGCCCACAGCCUGCGACGCGAUAAGGUAUCACUAGGGAAACACUACAGAUAGUUAUCCAAGAUGGCGGUUCUGCUGGUAGUGACGGGACACGGACAGAUGGGUAACACGGGGAACCCCACCGGCUGGUACCUGCCGGAAGUCGCGCAUCCGUGGAAGGUCUUCACGGACGCCGGGCUCAAGGUCACCUUCGCCAGCCCCAAGGGCGGGAAGACGCCCGUGGACCCUUCCAGUGUGGAGGCGUUCAAGGCAGAUCCGCUCUGUGCGCAGUUCUUAGAGAACAAGAACGUCAUGGCCCAGCUGGACAGUACUACGUCACUGGCUGAUGUCAAACCAAGUGACUUCAAGGCCAUUUUCUUUGCCGGUGGCCAUGGUACGAUGUGGGACUUCCCUGAUGACGUCAACCUGCAGAAAGUGACGGCAGCCGUGUACGAGCAGGGCGGGGUGGUGUCAGCCGUCUGCCAUGGGCCGGCCGCGCUGGUGAACGUGAAGCUGUCUGACGGCAGCUACCUGAUCCAGGGCAAGAAGCUGACUGGUUGGACCAACAACGAGGAGACUGCCGUCAAAAUGAUGGAGGUCAUGCCCUUCCCCAUGGAGACCAAGCUCAGGGAGCGCGGCUGCGACUUCGUGGAGGCUCCGCUGUUUACAGAAAACGUGCAGGUGGCAGGUCGUCUUGUAACUGGACAGAACCCCGCUUCCGCCACAGCCACCGCAACGGCCUUGGUCAAGAUCAUCAAGUGAACAGCGACAUUAUGCGGGCUGCUCACGUACUGCACAUAGGGCGCACACGCUAGCUCAUGGAUAUCAUAACAUGUAUGCUGGGCUUACUUGCAUAGUUAAAUGCGAUGAUCGACAGUUUUGGUGAUAUUAUUAAUUUGGGUUAUAUCUAGAUCUCUUUCUUGAGAAUCUGAAAAUCUGAUGUUUCACAGGUAACGCUGCCUGACGUUUCACAGUUCAUGUAACGUUAGCUAUCUCCAUACACAGAUAUAACGCUACUUUAAUAUAAACAAUGAACAAUAAACUUUCGUCAAUCCUAA